AAGAAGACGAACGGGUUGCAAGGAGGAAGAAGAAGAAGAGGGAAAGGGCGGAGCUCGCAAAGGGGUUUUUUAAGAGCCGCCCGACUCGCCCUCGCCUUGCACUCCGCCUUGCCGUUGCGCACCGCCCGGCACCUCUCCUCGCCAUGGCUCCCGCCUGGCUCCUGUCGAUAGCCGCUUUCUGCUGCCUGGGGGGCACGGCGGGCAUCGCCCUGGGGGGCGCCCCUUGCGACUACCCCCCGCACCAGUGGUGCGGAUCCAGCGAGAUCGCGCAGGCUUGCAAGGCAGAGAAGCACUGCGCCCGGUUGAGCCCCCCCCGGAAGAAAGCCGACCCCGUCUCCGUCAGCCUCUACUACGAGAGUCUCUGCUCUGCCUGCCGCACCUUCCUGGUAUUCCAGCUCUUCCCUACCUGGCUUUUGGUGUUCGACGCCAUGGAAAUCACCCUGGUCCCUUACGGGAACGCCAAGGAGAAGAAAGGCCCCUCCAAGUGGGAAUUCGAGUGCCAGCACGGCCCCGAGGAAUGCUUGGGCAACCUGAUGGAGGCCUGCCUCAUCCACCUGCUCGGCGACGACAGGAGCUACUUCCCUCUCAUCUUCUGCAUGGAGUCGAGCUCCAACGUCACCCAGAGCCUGGAAAUGUGCAUGAAGUUGUACCCGCCUAGAGAGGCCACCCUUGCCAACGUCACGGCUUGCGUGAGCGGAGAUCUGGGCAACAAGCUCAUGCACCAGAAUGCCCAGCUGACCGAUGCCCUCCGCCCGCCCCACAAGUAUGUGCCGUGGAUCGCUGUCAACGGGAACCACACGGAAGAACUCCAGGGCGAAGCGCAAUCCAACCUCCUUGGUGUCGUCUGUAAGCUGUAUAAGGGAGAGCUGCCUCCCGCCUGCCAACACAAAGGCAGCUCCUUCCCGGCUUCCCCGCAAGAUACUUGCCUGAAAAUCUAGCUCCUCUCUCCCCACAACGUCUGUCUCUGGGGCUGCGGCUGGGGCUGUCCCCCCC